AUGGAGAAGAGAGCUCAGGCCACUGAGUCUCUCAUUCGAACAUCGAGUGGCCAAGCGGCCCUCGAUUAUGCCGUUCAAGCUGCAGAGCUGUACAUGCGAGCUGCUGGAGAGGCUUCAAACAAAAAGGAUGCCACUCGUUUGCGAUUGAAAUGUCAACAACUCAUUGCUCAGGCCGAGAAGCUCAAAGCUGAACUCACCCAAACGCCCAGCGUCUUGUUACGAACUUCAAAACUUCACUCUAAUCUCUUUCCCCCAUGGACAAAAGAACCCUCGGAAAACGAAUUUCAACUUCUCCCCGGCGAGGAGCCUUUCACUGACAAUGCAACCUUCACACUAUCACCGAGGCAGGCCGCUACCUUUGGUGGAUGGAAGCGUCCAAGGGACUUACACGACCAUGUUGAAGCACACGACGACAUAUUCAUGAACUCCAGUGGCGGUUGUGAUCUGGUUCAAGAUGUAACCACGGAUUGUUCUGUGGUCGCCAGUUUAUGUGCCGCUAUGAAGAUCUUGACUGGUCGAAACUCGAUUCUCUCCUCUAUAUUGUAUCCAUUUGACAAAGCAAAGGGCGUACCUAAAGUAUCGGCGUCUGGCAAAUACGUGUUGAAAUUAUACUUCAAUGGGUGCUUCCGCCGGGUUGUGAUCGAUGAGCGGCUUCCAUCUUCCAUCAGUGACCGAACUCUCUACGUUGUUGAUCGAGUCAACCCUCAACUGAUUUGGCCAGCGCUUUUAGAAAAGGCAUAUCUGAAAGUAAGAGGAGGCUAUGACUUUCCGGGGAGUAACUCAGGCACAGACUUGUGGGUUCUUACUGGAUGGAUCCCGGAACAGAUCUUUCUCCAAAGAGAAGAUCUGGAAGUCGAUAAGCUCUGGAGACGAAUCAAGAAUGCACACGACUCUGAGAAUGUGGUGGUAACCUUGGGUACUGGUCGAAUCUCUGCCGAGGAAGAGGAUAUCCUGGGCCUUAUCGGAGAGCACGACUAUGCUGUCAUGGAUCUUGAAAUGAUUGGUGAUAGUCGGAGGCUUUUGGUCAAGAAUCCUUGGUGUGACGGACCGGUUUGGAAAGGAGGCUUUCCUCAGUCAUUUGAUGCCGAAUCGCCAACCUCAUAUGCCGCCAGGUCUCAGCACAAAUCUCCUCCUUCAGUCGCUGGCUCUUUCUGGAUGACCUUGGAGGAUGUCCUUCAACACUUCGAGUCCAUGUACCUGAACUGGAAUCCUGCUCUAUUUCCCCGUCGCCAGGACCAUCACUUCACUUGGCAUAUGCCUCCCCCGGAGUUGUCUUCGUCCCUGGUACGCAACCCACAGUACUCACUCCAGUCAUCAGCUGGCGGGCCAGUGUGGAUUCUCGUGAGUAGACAUUUUGUGGAUGAAGAGUUGGAAAUUGCUCGGAACAGGACCGACUCAAUGGCAGCUGUCUCUGGACAACUUGGUUACAUGAGCAUUCUCGUCUUCGACAACGACGGCCACAGGGUGCAAGUAAGCGAUGGUGAUGUCUAUCGUGGACCUUAUGUCGACUCGCCGCAGACUCUGGCACGUUUUGACACGAGCCCAGGGAAACGAUAUACCAUCGUCAUUGACCAGCACGAGUUCCCGCUACCAGACUACACGCUUACUCUUUCAUUCCUCUCCCAAGAUCAGCUUGCAGUCAAAGAAGCUGAAGACGCAAUGACCUGCACAAAGGAGAUCACUGGCUCGUGGACCAGGAGAACUGCAGGAGGCAGUGCAGCUUGCACGACCUACGCUACAAACCCCCAGUAUAAGCUAUCACUUGCUCAAGCAGGGCCUUUAUCUGUCCUGUUGUCAACAAAUAUGCAGGAUAUCCAUGUGCAUAUCGAUCUAGUCUGGUCCCAGGGCAAGCGGGUGCAGACACUCAAGGCUCGGGAUCUUGCGGGCUCAUCUGGGGAAUAUCGCAGAGGCUGUGCAGUAGUCAACAUUCCACAUAUUGAUGCUGGAGUGUAUACUGUGGUUUGUUCAACCUUCGAUCAAGGCCAAUUGGCAGACUUUGUCCUCCGCAUUUCAUCCAUGGCGAACGUGCAAGUACAACCCGUACCCGCUGAUGCUGCUGGGAGACUCCGCAAGACACUGAGCCCUUUCCAGCUUUCAGACGGUGAAGAAGUCAGGCGUGCGCAAUUAUCGGCGUCUUGGUUAACUCGAAUGAGCGUCACGGCACGAAGUGUCGCCAGCCCAGGCUUCGAUCCUAGUAACCGACCCUCAUCCACUCUGAUGGUACGAGUUUCCGUGGCUCAUGGAUGGGAUCCUGAGCGGAUCACGAUCGCAACCUCGGGCGACGGCGAAUACGAAGAACUCAAAACAAUCGUGCGAACCCCUGAGCUUGACAUGGAGCCAGCAAGGAUACAGCGAGAGGGCAUGUGGUUAGUGAUUGAGAGUAUGGGCGCGCCUCAACAUGAUGCUGAAUAUGAAGGAAGAAUCGAACAAGGUGUACGCUCGCUAGCCAACGCCACACUGGCGCAAGUGGUAUACUCCUAG